AUGAGGGCAGGGAAGUCGCUGAGAACAACGGGCAAUAAAACGAACCUGAUUCAGUCUAAGCUACAGGUUAAUGGUGGCUCAAAAUCGAGGAAACUGGUGAAAUGUGAUAAAUGUGAAAUGUCGUAUUCCUGUACAUCCAUAGAAGAUCGCGCCAUUCAUGAGAAGUAUCACGCUCUGCAACUGCAUGGGCGUAAAUGGUCACCGAAUUGGGGCUCUAUAGUGUACACGAAAGAGAGGCACUCAGGCACUGUGCAUUUAUCGAGGUCUACGGGGACGAUAACCCCAUUGAACUCAUCGCCUUUGAAAAGUAGUCCAUCUGUUGCGCAUCAGGAGGAAAAUAUUGUGUUGGUGAGGCCAGAUAAGCCCAACGGUGAAGGCCGCGCCAUGAUGGAGAUUAUGACGCUGGUGAACAAUGAGCUGAAUGCCCCACACGAUGAGAAUGACAUAUGGAACAGCACAACCGAAGAGAGAGGCAGGGCGUUUGCGUAUAUAAGGAAUAACAGAGCCGUUGGUGUGAUAAUCAUAGAAAACCUAUACGGAUGCGAUGGUAGCGUAUCGAAUCGUGGGCGUUGGAUGGUCUACGACUCCAGGAGAUUAGUGCAGAACGUAUACCCGGAUUUCAAGAUUGGAAUAUCAAGGAUCUGGGUGUGUAGGACGGCAAGGAACCUGGGGAUUGCGACCAAGUUGAUCGAUAUUGCAAGAGAAAAUAUAAUCUAUGGCGAAGUUAUCCCUAGAUGCCAGAUAGCAUGGUCGCAGCCCACUGACAGCGGCGGGAAACUAGCUAGCAAAUAUAAUGGCAUUGUGCAUAAAUCGGGCAAGUUACUAUUGCCCGUCUACAUAUGA